AUGGUGGCGUUAAGUAUUAGUGUUAUCGACAUAGGAGAGUUGAAGGGCGCGAAAAUCGAUAUGAGGAGCUUGGCGGGGACAUGGGUGUUGCCGAUUUGUAGUAAAGCUUCGAGCUUUAAUGGUAGAGAGAGUAGUUUAAGCUUUGGUUUGAGAUGUGGUUCGGAUACCCAAAACUGCGUCGUUUUGAAGUCGUCUGCUUUUGCUGCUGCUGCUGCUUCCGUCAGUGGCUCCGGUGCUCAAUACUCCGGGUCUGAGGGGUUGCUUGGUGAGCAAACAAAGAAGAAGGGUAAGGAGGUAGCUGGGAUUGAUCAAGAUGAACUGGUGGAGGAUCCUAAGGUUUUGGCUGACCCGGAUAGUUGUUUCUGUGAGUUUAGUGGAGUGGAGAUACAUCAUAAGGUAUGUGAAGCACAAGUGAAGGUGCAUGAGAGUGAGAAUGUGUUAAGUGAGAGUAAGAAUGUUGGGCUUCCUAUGAUCUUGUUACAUGGCUUUGGAGCCUCGGUUUUCUCUUGGAGUCGGGUUAUGAAGCCUUUGACUGAGGCUGUUGGUUCUAAGGUUCUAGCAUUUGAUAGACCGGCGUUUGGGUUGACAUCUAGGGGGAACUCUGUCAGGCAGUUGUCAUCUGGAAAUGGGGAAUCAAAACCUGUAAAUCCUUAUUCCAUGGCGUUUUCGGUGCUUGCAACCUUGUAUUUUAUUGACUUUCUGGCUGCUGAGAAGGCCAUUAUUGUGGGGCAUUCAGCUGGUUCUCUUGUAGCAGUUGAGUCAUAUUUUGAAGCACCAGAACGUGUGGCUGCUCUAAUCCUUGUUGCCCCAGCAAUUUUUGCCCCAAUCAUAACUCAGAAGGUUGUCAAAGGAUCUCAAUCCAGAACAAAUAAGCAGACAGAAGAAGAUGGCUCAAAUUCAGUUGAUAAUGGCAAGCCAUUUGUCCAGCUUUUUAAAGUUAUGUCCAAAGUUGCCCGAUUCAUUUCAAAGGCAAUAAUGGAAUUGGUGAAUGGGAUGACAGUUAUGUUGAACUCUUUGUAUAAGAAAUUCUUGUCAGCUCUUCUACGGUCUGCUUUUGCGAUAAUGCUGGUAAGAAUGGCUAUCAAUAGAUUCGGUAUCACUGCUGUUAGAAAUGCAUGGUAUGACUCGAAGAAAGUCACUGACGAAGACAUCAGUGGUUAUACAAAGCCAUUGAGGAUGAAGGGUUGGGAUAAGGCACUUGUGGAGUACACAGCAGCAAUGCUCACAGACACUUCAUCUGAAUCAAAACCGUCGUUGGCAAAGAGACUCUGUGACAUCAAAUGUCCUGUUCUGAUUGUUACGGGUGAUAAUGACCGAAUUGUCCCUUCAUGGAAUGCUGAGAGACUCUCAAAAGCGAUACCAGGGUCUUGCCUUGAAGUAAUAAAGUGUUGUGGCCACUUGCCACAUGAAGAAAAAGUGGACGAGUUUGUUUCAGUAGUUGAGAAAUUUUUACAAAGAGCUUUUAAUGAUUCUCCGCAGGAGCCAUUACAAGUUAUUGUGUGAAGUUUGUCUCCUGUCUGGGCUAUAAACCAUUUUACUAAUGUCAUGAACACCAUGUGGGUUUGAUCAAGCAUCCGAAUGUCAGUGUAUAUCAUUUAAGUACAGAAUUUGGGACACAGAUGC